AUGGAUAAUAGCCAAGGGUUAACAAGGCCCUUGUUGGAGAUUGCCUGCUUCAACGGCGAGUCGGGAAUCCGUGCAGCAGAAGGGGGUGCUGAUCGAAUUGAAUUAUGCUACGAUUACACGUCUGGGGGUCUUUCCCCUGAUCCGGCGGUACUGACUCUAUUGAAAUCCCAAGUUUCGAUUCCAGUCUUUGUCAUGAUUCGUCCACGCGCCAACGACUUCUUUUACAACGAUGACGAAUUUGGAGUCAUGAAAUCUACAUUGAUCACGUUACGAGAGUCAGGUGCGGAUGGAUUUGUUUUUGGCAUUCUCAAUCCAGUUCCGUUGGAUAACCCUGCAUGUCCAUGGAUCGAUGUCAGCAGAAAUAAGCAACUGGUUCAACUCGCAGGUGAUAAGCCGUGCACUUUUCAUCGCGCUUUUGAUUGCAUCCCCGAGCAAUAUUGGGGAACCGCGCUUGGGGAGCUAGCAGAAUGCGGCUUUGCUUCAAUCCUUACAAGCGGGGGUCCGUCGGGAGAUACGGCCAUCGAGUGCAUUGACAAGCUCGCUGAGUUAUUCCAACAGGCGGACUUGACCCAAUCCCAAUUGUUGUCUAGCCUUCGAGUGCCUGAGAUUAUCGUGGGCGGUGGUGUGAGAUCGUCUAAUAUUCGAUUACUGUGGGAGAGGACCCACGGACGAGCGUUUCAUUCCAGUGCAUUGGUUAAUAGCAGCGAUAUUGUUGCGACUUCCGAGGUCACAACACUGAAAAAUUCGCUAAUUGGGUGA